UCUGUAAAUCCGAUCUCAAUUCACUUUCGUUCGAGCAAAACCCUACCCCGAUCCUCAUAUAAAUCUGACGCCGUCACACCGUCUCUUUUGCUACCAGUAGUUCAGAGGGUUUUCGCAGCCAAACGAAGUACCGGAGCAUCUUCAGAAACCCUAGAGUUCUCAAUUUCAUCACGACUAAGCCAUGUCGAGGAAGAAGACUAGGGAGCCAAAGGAAGAAAAUGUCACACUUGGACCCGCUGUAAGAGAAGGGGAACAUGUUUUUGGUGUCGCCCAUGUUUAUGCAUCAUUUAAUGAUACCUUCAUUCAUGUGACCGAUCUGUCAGGCAGAGAAACACUUGUUCGCAUUACUGGUGGGAUGAAGGUGAAGGCUGACAGAGACGAGUCUUCUCCAUAUGCUGCCAUGCUUGCAGCACAGGAUGUCGCUCAGAGAUGCAAGGAACUUGGCAUCACGGCUCUGCAUAUCAAGCUCCGUGCUACUGGUGGGAACAAGACAAAAACACCUGGUCCUGGGGCACAGUCUGCUCUCCGUGCUCUUGCUCGUUCUGGAAUGAAAAUUGGACGUAUAGAGGAUGUUACUCCAAUUCCUAGUGACAGCACCCGCAGAAAGGGUGGUAGAAGAGGAAGAAGGCUCUGAGUUUACUGUUCUUAUCCUGUCACAGCUGCCCUUGUUCUUGCACUCGUGGUUUCCAUCUGAAUUGGCAGACUUUUUAAUUUAGCGACAAUGCUACCUACCCAAUUUUGAAACUAUUUUGUAAUUCUAUAAAUACUGGAUUUUGCCAAAGAUUCAUUUUUAGGCUUAUUUGGAAACCUCUAUUAGACUUAA